AUGUCGCUGGUUUGGAUGGAAGCUAUUCUCCCUCUUGGGAUCAUAGCAGGAAUGCUUUGCGUCAUGGGAAAUGCUCAGUAUUAUAUCCACAAAGCCGCUCAUGGCCGGCCGAAGCACAUCGGAAAUGACAUGUGGGACGUAGCCAUGGAGAGAAGGGACAAGAAGCUGAUAGAGCAGGCGACUGCUCCUUCUUCUAAUUAG